GACUUCAGUGACUGCUGAGCGGAGAGGUGGAAGACUUUUUCGAUGCCGUGUGUGACUAUCAGAAGUUAAAUUGUGUAUUUUAAUCGGUGUUUUAACUUAACGCCUCUUAGUACACAUGUAAAAAAAUUACUAAAAUGUUGUAAAUCGGCAGUACGGGUGCAUUUUUCUCUGUUUAUAGUGUGCGAGUCGUUUUCAGCGAGACUUUUUUUGAGAACUAACCGUCCCGGGAGACAGCUCAACUUUGGGCUGGCGACCUUAUGUGGAUUUUACAGAAAAUAUGGAGCAGAUCCCCGGUUUCCUCACGGGCAAAUCACUAGUCUUCGUCUUCUGCUUCAUUCAACUCACCUUGGCUCUGCAAUGUAUGGAUGAUAAGGCACCUUGUGUUAACAACGCUACAUGUCUGACCUUCAGCAAUGGCACUGAAUACUGCAGGUGUGCCCCGGGCUUCCUGGGUGAGUACUGCCACCAUAAGGAUCCUUGUCAACCGGGCUUCUGCCUAAAUGGAGGGAACUGCUCCGUGUCCAUGUUAGCUGGCGUACCUGUACCAGGCAGCGCUGCCUGCACCUGCCCUCUGGGCUACACCGGACAACAUUGCCAAACUCCCCAGAACUCCACGUGUUACCCCAACAACCCCUGUGCCAACAAAGGUGUCUGCACCCUGCUGUCCCUCGACAAAUAUAAGUGCGAGUGUGCCAGAGGAUGGACAGGUCCGCAGUGUGAGCAUGAGGACAGCUGUCUAUCGAGUCCCUGUGCCAAUGGUGGAUUGUGCAGCUCUCAGUCUGGUGGAAGCUACUCAUGCUCCUGUCGUCCAGGCUACACGGGUCUUCGCUGCCUUAAUGACACAAAUGAAUGUGCUGCCACACCCUCUAUAUGCCAGAAUGAAGGAGGAUGCGUCAACACCCCGGGCUCUUACAAGUGCGUGUGUGGCCCAGGGUUCACUGGCAGGCACUGUGAAAGCUCAUACAUCCCUUGCUCACCCUCACCGUGCCUGAAUGGAGGCACCUGCCACCAGAACUCUGAAACCAGCUACUCGUGCCACUGCCUCCCAGGUUUCAACGGAACUAACUGUGAGAACAACAUCGACGACUGCCCCGGUCAUCAGUGCGCCAAUGGUGGAACCUGUAUGGACGGAGUCAACACCUACAACUGCCAGUGCCCUCCAGAGUGGACUGGUCAGCACUGUACAGAAGAUGUGGACGAGUGUCGUCUGCAGCCAAACACUUGCCAGAAUGGAGGCACCUGCAGCAACCUGUUUGGCAGCUACGUCUGUGUGUGCGUAAACGGCUGGAGUGGACCAGACUGCUCUGAAAACAUUGAUGACUGUGCUACAGCUGCAUGCAGCCCAGGCUCCACAUGCAUCGACCGUGUUGCGUCAUUUGUCUGUCUCUGCCCCUACGGAAAGACAGGUUUGCUCUGCCACAAAGAUGACGCCUGUAUCAGUAACCCCUGUAGAGAGGGCUCUCAGUGUGACACCAACCCCAUCACUGGCAUGUUCAACUGUAACUGUAAACCUGGAUAUGUCGGCAGCACCUGCAACAUCGACAGAGACGAGUGCAGCAUUGGUACCAACCCUUGCGAGCACGGUGGUCAGUGUGUCAACACCGAUGGCUCCUUCACAUGUAACUGUGUGAGGGGUUACGCAGGGCCACGCUGUGAACAAGACGUCAACGAGUGCGCUUCAAGCCCCUGCCAAAACGAUGGCACAUGUCUGGAUCGCAUCGGGGACUACACCUGCAUCUGCAUGCCCGGAUUUGAGGGGACACAUUGUGAGAUAGAGGUGAAUGAGUGUCUCAGCUCACCUUGUCUGAACCAGGGUAAAUGUCUGGACCAGGUCAGCCGCUUUGUCUGCGAAUGCCCAGCAGGCUUCAGUGGUGAAAUGUGCCAGAUAGACAUAGAUGAGUGUUCCAGCACACCGUGUUUGAACGGCGCCAAGUGUAUUGACCGACCCAACGGAUACGAUUGUGAAUGUGCUGAAGGCUUCACUGGUCUUCUUUGUGAGGAGAACAUCAAUGACUGUGUACCAGAGCCAUGUCAUCAUGGUGUGUGUAAGGACGGCAUCGCCACCUUCUCUUGUGAGUGCCAACCUGGAUACACAGGCUCCAUCUGCAAUAUCCAGGUCCAGGAGUGUCACAGCUACCCUUGCCAGAACCGAGGACGCUGUGUUGACCUGGUCAAUGCCUACCAGUGUAACUGCCUAUCCGGUACCAGAGGGCUGAACUGUGAGAUCAAUGAUGAUGACUGUGCCAGCAACCCCUGUGAGUACGGAGAGUGCCACGAUGGCAUCAACGAGUACAAAUGUGUGUGCGCACCGGGAUAUACAGGAGUUAAAUGUGAUAUUGAGAUCAACGAGUGUAACUCAAACCCAUGUAUGAGUGGAGGAACCUGCGUGGACAAGGUCAACGGGUUCACCUGCCAGUGUCCACCCAGCACCCACGGCCCUCUGUGCCUCUCUGGGACCGACCACUGCGCUCCUCAGCCUUGUGUGCAUGGAGAAUGUAUUGAACAGCAAAACGGGUAUCAUUGUGAGUGUCAUGCCGGCUGGGUGGGACAACACUGUGAGCAGGAAAAGGAUGAGUGCCAGUCCAAUCCGUGCCAAAAUGAUGGCUCCUGUUUGGACCGACAUAAUGGCCACACCUGUGUGUGCCAACCUGGAUUCAGAGGUAUCAACUGUGAGAAGAACAUAGACGAAUGUGCAUCCGGGCCCUGUCUACAUCAAGGCAUUUGUAUAGAUGGAGUCAAUAGCUAUUCCUGCCAGUGUAGUCCGCCAUUCACAGGUAAACACUGUGAAGUGGAACAGGUUCCCUGUGCUUCUCAUCCAUGUGAGAGGGGAGGAGUAUGUCAUCCAUCUGCAGACUACACCUCUUACACCUGUCGAUGUCCUGUUGGAUGGCAAGGCACACGCUGCAGUGAGGAUGUGAACGAAUGCAAAAAGAACCCUUGCAAAAAUGGCGGUCGAUGCAUGAACAGCCCGGGCAGCUACAUGUGUAAAUGUCAACCUGGAUACAGCGGACACAACUGUCAGACUGACAUUGACGACUGCUCACCAAACCCAUGCCUGAAUGGAGGCUCUUGUGUGGACGAUGUUGGGAGUUUCUCCUGUGACUGUCGGCCAGGUUUUGAAGGGGAGCGCUGUGAAACUGAGGUAGACGAGUGUGCCAGCCAGCCCUGCAGGAACGGUGCCAUCUGCCGCGACUACGUCAACAGCUUUGUGUGCGAGUGCCGACCGGGCUUUGAUGGAAUCCUGUGUGAGCACAACAUCCUUGAAUGCACUGAGAGCUCCUGUCUGAAUAAUGGCACUUGCAUUGAUGAUAUCAACACCUUCUCUUGCCGUUGCCGUCCUGGUUUUUACGGGACAUUCUGUGAGUACGAGCAGAACGAGUGCGACUCUCAGCCCUGUAAGAAUGGCGGCACCUGCACUGAUGGCCUGGGCACCUACCGCUGCACCUGCCCCGUGGGAUACAAUGGACAGAACUGCCAGAACUUUGUGAACCUCUGCAGCCAGGUGCGCUGUCACAACGGUGGCACCUGCUCUCAGACGUCCACCUCCUGGACCUGCCACUGUCAAAUGGGAUGGACUGGACGUUACUGUGAUGUCCCCAACAUGUCCUGCCAAGACUUUGCUGCCAGGCAGGGUCUGGAAGUGGAAAAUGUGUGUAAGAAUGCCGGGCGGUGUAUGAAUGUGGGCAAUUCCCACCGGUGUCAGUGCCAGCCAGGAUACACAGGCAGCUACUGUGAAGAGAUGGUUGAUGAGUGCCAGUCAAACCCCUGUCGCAACGGAGCCACAUGCAAGGACUAUCAGGGCACCUACGAGUGUAUAUGUAAACCAGGCUACCAGGGGGUGAACUGUGAGUAUGAUGUCGACGAAUGCCACUCUAGACCCUGCCUCCACGGAGGAACUUGCAUCAACCUCAUCAACCGCUUCACCUGCUCCUGUCCGCCUGGAACACACGGGCUCCAGUGUGAAGUGAAUGUGGAUGACUGUGCCCCCAAGUCUGGUUCCUUUGAACCUCGCUGUCUGAAUGGAGGACAGUGUGUGGACGGAGUGGGCCGUUACACAUGCUCCUGCCCUCCGGGAUUUGUUGGAGAACACUGUGAGGGGGAUCUCAAUGAAUGCCUGUCCAGACCCUGUCACGCUCCCGGCAGCCUUGACUGUGUACAGCUGGUCAACGAUUACCAGUGUCGCUGUCGCCUUGGAUACACAGGUCGUCAUUGUGAGUCCGUGGUGGAUCUGUGUCUGUCAAAGCCAUGCCACAACAGUGGCGUCUGCUCUAUGAACAUGAGCUCAGUACAUGGCUACACCUGCUCCUGUGUUCCUGGCUUUACUGGGUUCAACUGUGGCGAAAUCGAAGGCUACAGUUGUGCAAAGCUGCGAUGCCAGAAUGGCGGGCGCUGUGUGGAGUCACCAGGUGGUCGCCUGUACUGCCAGUGCCAGCCAGGCUUCAGUGGACCUCACUGUGAGAAUGAACAGAGGUGUCCGUGGACCUGCCAGAAUGGAGGCAUCUGCAUCAAAGACCCAUCCAACCCAUACCAGUACAGCUGCCGCUGUCCCAUGUACUUCUCGGGACGAUACUGUGAAAACAAAGUACAGACACCACCCCCUCCAACCUGCCCUUAUGUGCAGUGUUUGCAGCAAUCAGGGGAUAAAGUGUGUGACGGCCAGUGUAACAACCAUGAAUGUCAGUGGGAUGGAGGCGACUGUUCGCUCAACUGGCAGGGGCCUUGGGAUAACUGCACUGCCAAUGUUCCCUGCUGGGAUCUCUUUAAGAAUGGCCACUGUGAUAAGGCGUGUGACAACCCUGGGUGCCUUUUUGAUAGCUUUGAGUGCCAGGAGACCAAACCAGCCCCCUGCACGUAUGAUAAGUACUGUGCAGACCACUUUGGGAACGGCAUCUGUGACCAGAGCUGCUACACGGAGGCUUGUGGCUGGGACGGCCUAGACUGUUCUUCUGACACUCCACCUAAACUGGUGGAUGGCACGCUGGUCAUCGUGGUGCGGCUGCAGCCGAAGGAGCUGCUCGGUGACUUGAGAGGUUUCUUGCGCUCCCUGGGAGCCUUGUUGCACACUAACUUGCAGGUGAAGCUGGACAAAAAUAAGAAGCCAAUGGUGUACGCUUACUAUGGGGUGGAGGAGGAGCACGGACGGCACGUUCAGAGAAGCAGGAGCAAGCGGGAGAUGGAGAGGGAGGUUAUUGGAUCUGUGGUGCACCUGGAACUUGAUAACCGUGAAUGUUCCCAGACUUCUGUCGACUGUUUCUCCAACACUAAUGAGGCUGCGUCAUUCAUUGCAGCAGCGCACAUCAAAGCUGAACUGCCUUACCCUCUAGUAUCCGUUAACAGUGACCCGACAGUUAAAACUGAGACACCGAUUCUGAUGAUUCUGGUCGGAGUGGCAGUCGUUGUUAUUCUGCUUGUCCUGGUGCUGGGGAUGCUUGCAGCCAAGAGGAAGCACAAACAUGGUGCCCUGUGGCUGCCUGACGGCUUUUUGGCCACUAAGAAUGACAAAAGGAGAGAGCCUGUCGGACAGGAUGACUUUGACAUGAAGAAUUUCAAGACUCAGGAUGGAGCCAUGAUUGAUGGGAAUCAGAGUCAAAGAUGGCUGGAAGACGAGGUCCCAUCCAAGAAACCAAGAACUGAAGACAAACCCUUGCUGCCCAUCGCUAUGGAUGGAGGUGUUGACCGAAGGGAGUGGACCGUGCAGCAUCGCAAGGCUGCUGACAUCACCCUCACUCCCCCGCAGGCCGACCUGGAUGUUGACUGUCUCGAUGUUAACGUCAAGGGACCUGAUGGAUUCACCCCGCUGAUGUUGGCGUCUUUGCGUAAUGGCGGAGGCCCGGACUGCAGCCUGCAUGGAGAAGAGGAGGAGGAGAGCGGAGGAGAUGAACCAGGUCCGAGUGUCAUUUCAGACCUGAUCGCUCAGGGUGCUUCUUUGAUGGCUCAGACUGACCGUACGGGAGAAACGGCGCUCCACCUGGCUGCCCGCUACGCCAGGGCUGAUGCUGCUAAGAGACUGCUGGACGCCGGCGCUGAUCCCAACGCCCAUGACAACAUGGGCAGAACUCCGCUGCAUGCUGCCGUGGCGGCUGACGCCCAGGGAGUCUUCCAGAUUCUGAUCCGUAAUCGUGCGACCGAACUGGAUGCCCGGAUGAAUGACGGCACGACUCCGCUGGUCCUGGCAGCCAGGCUAGCUGUGGAGGGCAUGGUGGAAGAGCUGAUCCACUGCCAUGCUGACAUCAAUGCUGUAGACGACCACGGCAAAUCUGCUCUGCACUGGGCAGCUGCUGUUAAUAAUGUGGAGGCCACUCUUGUCCUUUUGAAGAAUGGAGCCAACCGUGACAUGCAAGACAAUAAGGAGGAGACCCCUCUGUUUCUUGCAGCCAGAGAAGGCAGCUUUGAGGCCGCUCAGGUUCUUCUUGACCACUACUCCAACCGUGACAUCACCGAUCACCUGGAUCGACUGCCCCGCGAUACCGCACAAGAACGUAUGCAUCAUGACAUAGUGCGUCUGCUGGACCAGUACAAUCUGGUUCACAGUCCACACAACGGGCCUAAUCACAUGGGCGGAGGAAACUCCGGCGUCAUGUGUGGGGCCAACGGAGCAGGCUUCAUCGGCAUGCGCCCCGGGCCGCAGGGGAAGAAGAGCCGGAGGGGCGGAGGUGGAGCGAAGGUGGGAGGUGUUGGCGGGGGAGCUAAGGAGCUCAAAGACAUGAAGGCGAAGAGAAGAAAGAAGCCUGCUGGAGGGGAGGGGCCGGGCGUCGGUGCAGGGGGAGGAGGUGGAGCAGGCACAGGAGGAGGGAACGCGAAUGGCGUUAAGGCAGCAGGACUUCCAGAGAGCUCGGUCACCAUGUCACCGGUUGACUCCCUGGAAUCACCGCACUCAUACACAGGCGACGUGUCCGGCGCCGUCUCCACCACAGCGAACUCCCCGCCGCUCCUGAGCAGCCCGACCUCCAGACCGAUGCUGCCGCCCGUCAGCCACAUGCUGGGACAGCAGCAGGGCUGGGUGGGCAUGACCAAACACGGCUACGGCGGCCACAUGUUUGGCCUUGUGCCACACCAGAUGGGAGGAUCUCACCCUGGCAUGAGCCAACGCCACGGCCAGGGCCCGAUGAUGACUCCCAUGAAUGUCACCAUGAGCAGAGAGCAGCUGCCGCCCAUCGUCACGUUCCAGAUGAUGGCCCCUGGAGGAGGCCAGCCAAUGCUGAAGCAGCCUCAGCCGGGGCAGGUACAGGUGACGCAGUCCCAGAGCCAGACCCAGAAUCAGGGUCACUCCCAGCAGGGGCCGGGCCACCUCCGAUGCUCCCAGAGUAUGAUGUACCAGAUGCCUGAGCAGAUGAGCAUGGCGCACGGGCUCUCCCACGCCAUGCAGCACCCUCACACCGUCAGCCACGGAGGCCACAGCGGGAUCGAGGGCCAGUCUCGGCCGCUGCCUUCCUAUCCGCCCAUGCAGAGCCCCGUGGAUAAGUACCCCACUCCCCCCUCCCAGCACAGCUACACCACCACCGGCUCAGAGGGCACCACCCCGGGCCACUCUGCCCACCCGCCCAGCGAGCACCCAUAUCUCACCCCUUCGCCUGAGUCCCCGGACCCUUGGUCGUCCUCUUCGCCACACUCCAACUCGGACUGGUCUGAUGUCACCACCAGCCCCACCCCACUGGGAAACCCCCACCAUGCACUGCCGUCUUCACACCACACACACAUUCCAGAGCAGGUGCAGCUGCAGCCGCAGUCGCAACAGAUGCAGCAGGCCUCUCAACAGCCUCCGCUCGGAAACAUGCAGGUGUUUGCGUAGACCGCCCGAGUGAAGCGUAAACAGACUGACUUUUGGGUUCUGUGCAGUUGAAUAACGACACGCAGUAACUCAUCUAAUGCUUUUCUCACGUCUCCUGUUAAAUCUUCUCAUUUGUUCCUGAUUAGGAAACGUUUUCUUCUCCUCUUUGCACUUAAGAACGGCUUGUAUAGUUUUUAAAACGUUGUUGAGUAUUAUCAGCUAGAAAUCAAAAGUUCUCAAAACCAAAAAGCAGUUAGCUAUCCGUCACAAGUUUAAAUCCACGUUGCUCCUCUGAUCCCAGCCGAGUGUCCUCUGCUCUCUGGUGGCAGAGGCAAGACUUUUCUUUUCGGCCUUUGGCGCCCAAACACAAACUGUUUAUUGAGGGAUCAACGAGGAAGUGCCGACCAGAUGGCGGCCGGCUGGUACUGCGACAGAAAAACAGACUGUUGAGAUGGACACUGAGUCAGAGAAGCGGACGUUCUGCAGUGAUUCUGUCUUUUUUGGAGAACAUUGUCUUUUCGCUCUGCUGUUUGCUAUCCUUACGUGUUCAAUGUGAUAAGCCUGCCAAUACUAACUCGUCGUCGCAACUAUUCACUCUCCUUUUUUAAUACGAUGGGUCACAUUCAGUCGAUGCUUUAAUUCAGCAAAACUACCUAGUUGUUGCCUUAAUGUUUUUUUACUCAUGCAUUGUUUUUUAAUAUGCUAAAUGGGGAAUUUUAUAAAUUGCAUGACUAGAAAGACAAAAUCAAGUACAUUUUUUAUAGAAAUGCACACAAAUGCAUCUUGUUACUAAAUGGUUGUACAAUGGUUGUAUUAACUGCAUUGAUUACAGUUGAUAGAUGUUCGUGUUUCCCAUCAAAUGUCUGAACAGAAAGUUCAAUAAAUUCAGCUGUGUGCAGUUUAUGACCUGAAGGCAGUUACUAUUACAGAAAUACAAGUUGAUUUGAAACCAAAUCGCAAUCAGAGACGGUGCCGCUGUAUUUCAUGUGUUGUUGAGGGAUUAAUUAAGCUUGACAAACUUUAUGCAAAAACAGACGUUAGUUUUGUUGUAUGAUGAAAUGUAAAUAGACUUACAGCACAUUCUGCUUAUUAUUACUGAUCUGGAUUUGGCAAAAGUUGACUUUUUUUUUUUUAAAUGUUUCUUUUAUAUAUAUAUAUGAAUUCUGUUCGCACUUCUUGAAUGAUUCUGAAUGUUACAGAGGUGCAUGUUUUUACUUUUAAACUGCCUCCUUGCUAAAUGUUUCCUCUUCCAAAAAUCAUUUAACCAGUUUUGCCUUUUGCUUAACUACAAUCAGUGUAUCUCUGCACCUUUUUUUUAAACUGUAAUGAUUCAUAAACCAAGUCUGGAGGUGAGUACAGUUUGAUAAAGUAUUUUUUUAUCUUCCUUUUUAAAGUCAAGGUGGAUCAUAGCUUUGUGUGACUGCUGUGUAAACACAGACAAUCAUUCACUGUUUUUUUUUUUUUUUUUGAAACUUUGAGAAGAACAUCAGUGUCUCUAAGACCAAAUUCUUGUUUUUCUGCCAAAAAUGUACAUCGUGUCCAAAUUUUUUAUCAGUUGUUGCCGUUGUUUGUAUUAGUGUUCUAUAAAAGACACACAGCACACACACACACGAUACAAAGAAAUGUUUGAAUUACCACUGCAACCAAAUUAUUCACCAAUAUUCCCCGUUACCUGACACUUUUUCUCUGUACCUGUGAUGUCCCUACAGUUUCACAAAACACACGUUGAGGUGUCAGUCUGUUUUUGAAAGAGUUCAGCAUGUCGGUUCACGUUCAUAUGCAAGGCCACAUGUGUAUUUUCUGUACAUAAAAUGUUUUUAGUUUUUUUUUAUUGUACUUCUCUCUGUUAACCAAAUAGCCUAUAAUAUACUUGCCAUAUGAAGUAGUGUUCACCAUGUUUUAUAAGGUAGAAGAACUAAAACUGAUGAAAAAUAAGUUGUCUGUUGUCAAAAAAACCAAAUGAUCAACCAAAUGUGCUUACUGAAAUAAAGCCCAGAUCUUCGUAGA